AAGCGAGUCUGCGGUGCAAAAUCAGCGGGUAAUGCCAUCAGUAAUAAACAUGGCGGCUGGUUGAUAGAGCUCCCAUCUGCAGGAAAUGCGUUUGUAAUCCGCAAACCAGAGUGCAGAUCUCGGAGCACUGUAGCCUAACUAACACCUGCAUUAUUCUUUAAUGCAAUGCAAGAGAAAACUUAUCUCAAGGUGGUCCUGCUUGGGAAAGUGAAUAGUGGGAAAACAUGUCUUGUCACUCGGUACAUAACUCGAGCGUUUAGUGAGGAAACCCCAUCGACUAUUGGUGCUGCAUUUUGUAGAAAAGACCUAUAUAUACAAGGAAAAAAUUUAUCACUAGCGAUAUGGGAUACUGCUGGUGCAGAGCGUUAUCAGGCGAUGAGUGCCAUGUACUAUCGUAGUGCCAGAGCUGCCAUUUUAUGCUAUGAUUUAACAGAUUCAACAAGUUUUGAUAAAGCAAAGUUCUGGGUAGAUCAACUGAAAGCUGCAGAACCUGAAUGCAAGAUAUAUUUAUGUGGUACAAAACUAGAUUUAAUAGAGGAAGCUUUACAGACGCGAGAGGUUCAAACUCGAGCAGUUUCCAGCUACGGUAGAGAUAUUGGUGCAGAUACAUUUGAGACAUCAAGUAAAAGAGGAACAAAUGUUGAUAAAGUUUUUGAGAAAAUUGCUGAGGAUUUUAUGCGUUCAAACAGACCAGGCACAAAUGGUAAAGGAGACAUCAAACUAGAGCGUGGCGCCCGUGGAAAAACAUACUGCUGUAGUUCAAGCUAGGUUUAGUAGAAAAAGAUAACAGAGAUUAUAUUAUAAUGAUUACCUCAAAAUAUUAAAAUGAUUACCUCAACAUAUUAUAAUGAUUACCAUCAAAUGUGUACAGCAUAGUAUUGCAUCCUUUGCAACGAGUUGUGGUAGUUAAAAGAAUUGAUUAUUUUCUAUUACCUUUCUUUAUUUGAAUUUUAAAUGUCUCUUACUGAAGCGGGCGAGGGGGGCAGGGUGAAAGCAACAAACAGCCAGCUUCCUGGUCUGCGAUAUCUAUCUCAGCCUAUUUUUAAAGUUUUAACCAUGUUGCUGUAAACGUUGAAAUAUUCGCGCUUUAUUUUUUUUUUUUCAAAUCAAAACACGGCUUAAAAUGCGAUGGUGCUCGUAAAUUGGGCGCGAAAAUUUCUGCUUUUACACUAUUGGUAGGACCUGUUUGCCUGUCCGUUCACAUUGUUAGUGCUUACCUAUACGAGUUUUUGACAAAACGUGCUUACCUAUACGAGCUUUGGACAAAAAGACUUGCAUCUGAUAGCAUUUCUAAUAGCUUUGACUACCUCGAAGUAGUGGCACUACAUUUGGUGAGUUUUGCAUCUUCUUCUUGUGUAAGAUCUUAGAAUUUAAAAUGAUAUCAGCCUGCUAGUAAGUACUGUUACAGGCUAAAUUCCUUAAAGGUUCUUACUGAAAAACAUAGAAUCGAACUUUCCAAAGUAUCUCUAAAAACAAAGCUCUACCUGUGAAAAUUAGAGUUCCAAUUAUACAGGAUAUUUUAUGAAUAAAAGCUAAGAACCUAAUUAGAACCAAGUAAGAUUAGUUUAACACUAUAAUAGCACUGCCCUUGGCGCAAGCCACGUCCCCACCAUGAGAUACAGAGAUCAGCACAGCAGUGUCUCUCAGUUUUACUACGAUAACAAAUGUAUGAAAUACUCUACGCCAUAUUUACGAAAUAAAACUUUUCUAACAAAAAAA